AUGUCUCGUCAUUCGAAUCAACUUUCGGGAAUGACUGCGGCCUGGUUACUCCCUGUUGUGCCGACUGUUGUUGCUGCUGCCUCAGGUGGAAUAGUGGCCUCAGUGUUAGAAAAUGAGCAACACGCACUCUGGACUAUCAUAAUCAGUUAUAUACUGUGGGGAACUGGAGUUCCUCUAGCAAUGAUGGUACUCGUUAUGUACUUUCAUCGCCUGACGAUACACAAGAUCCCUCCCCGUGAAGUCAUUGUGUCUGUUUUUCUUCCCCUGGGACCCUUAGGUCAAGGUGCAUUUGGUAUUAUGCAACUUGGAAAAGAAGCCGUCAGGGUUUUCCCUGUCACACAGAGCUUACCCUCGCAAAUUUCAGCUGGCCCUAUUCUCUAUAUCUUAGGCUUCAUAGUCGGUCUUAUAAUGUGGGGAUUUGGGCUUGUCUGGCUUUUCUUCGCAAUCGCCUCUAUUACUCGUUCAAAAUUCCCAUUUAAUAUGGGUUGGUGGGGGUUUACUUUCCCACUUGGGGUAUUUACUGUCGCAACAACCACGAUUGCGAGCGAGCUGCCUUCAUUAUUCUUCAAGGUUUUGGGUACAAUCUUCUCUGUGGUAGUCGUUCUACUUUGGAUUGUUGUUAUGUCCGGCACGCUUAUUCAAACCUGGCGACGGAAGAUAUUUGUUGCACCAUGUCUGAAGGAAUGGGAGAGGACGGAAGUUGAACGGCGUAGGAGAAGAAAUGUUUGA